CAACCUAAUCCAUUUCAACCCACAAGAACAUUGCUGCAGACAUCACCAUACAACAAUUAAACAAUGGUUUCAGAGAGCAGCAGUUCCUCUUCAUAUCCCAUCAAAACCAUAGUCAUUUUGAUCCAAGAAAACCGCUCAUUCGACCACAUGCUAGGCUGGUUCAAGUCUCUCAACCCUGAAAUCAAUGGCGUAACCGGGUCCGAAUCCAACCCCAUUUCCACAUCAGACUCGAACUCAUCCAGGAUCUUCUUCAAAGACAAUGCCGAGUACGUUGACCCUGACCCUGGCCACUCCAUCCAAGCGAUUUACGAGCAAGUAUUUGGCAAGCCUUGGAGCUUUGAUCACGACCCUAAUCCACCCCAUGAGCCAACAAUGAAUGGCUUUGCUCAGAACGCAGAAAGAACCGACAAGGGGAUGGCAGAGGCAGUGAUGAAAGGGUUUAGACCUGAGGCAAUACCGGUUUACAAAGAGCUGGCAUUGAACUUUGCCAUAUGUGACCGGUGGUUUGCCUCGGUCCCCACUUCAACGCAGCCUAACCGGAUGUUCGUGCACUCGGCUACAUCACAUGGGUCUACAAGCAAUGACACAAUGAAGCUGAUCCAAGGGUUUCCUCAAAAGACAAUAUUUGAGUCAUUGGAAGAAAGUGGCUUGAGCUUUGGGAUAUACUAUCAAUACCCUCCAUCUACCUUGUUCUUCAGAAACCUUAGGAAAUUGAAGUACUUGAAAAACUUUCAUCAAUUUGAUCUACACUUCAAGGAGCAUUGUGAAGAAGGGAAGCUACCAAACUAUGUUGUUGUAGAACAAAGAUAUUUCGACCUGCUAUCAGUGCCUGCAAACGAUGAUCAUCCAUCCCACGAUGUCUCUGAAGGCCAAAAAUUUGUAAAGGAAGUUUAUGAGGCACUAAGAGGUAGCCCCCAGUGGAAUGAAAUGUUGUUAGUAAUUGCAUAUGAUGAACAUGGUGGAUUUUAUGAUCAUGUUCCAACUCCUACGAUUGGUGUCCCUAGCCCUGAUGAUAUAGUUGGUCCUGAACCAUAUUACUUCAAGUUUGACAGGCUCGGGGUUAGAGUUCCUACAUUUUUUAUUUCUCCCUGGAUUGAACCAGGAACAGUGAUACAUGGGCCUUCAGGGCCAUACCCUACUUCAGAAUUUGAGCAUUCAUCAAUUCCAGCAACUGUCAAAACGAUUUUCAAUCUAAAAGAGUUCCUAACAAAGCGUGACGCAUGGGCUGGCACUUUUGAAUGUGUUAUAAAUAGAGAGAACCCAAGAACAGAUUGUCCAGUCACAUUACCUGAACCGGUGAAAAUGAGAGAUGCAGCGGCUAAAGAGACGGCGAAGCUAAGUGAAUUUCAACAAGAAUUAGUACAAAUGGCAGCAGUAUUGAGCGGAGACCAUAAAAAGAAAAUUUAUCCACACAAGCUUGUGGAGAACAUGACAGUGGCAGAGGCUGUUAAGUAUGUGGAUGGUGCCUACAAGAAGUUCUGCCAUGAAUGCCAAAAAGCAAAGGAAAGGGGAAUAGAUGAAUCUGAGAUUGUUGACUUAGGAGAACUGCCUCAAAGGUCAAACUCCAAAUCUGUGGUUCGCAAGAUGUUUUCCUGCCUUAUCUGGGAUAAUUGCAAACUCUGCAUCCCUUAAUUUCAAGGAGGAAAUCUUUCUUUGGUCUUGGGCAUUAGGGGCAACAUCACAUUUCAGGGCACUCUAGCUGAUUAGGAUAAGAUGAUGACAAUUUGUUUGAUUUGUUUGAUUCAAUAGUGUAAGUAUCCUGUUUGUACAUUCAAGAUAUACUGUGCAGUUAGCAUAAUGUGUAAUUUGCAUAUGUGUAAUGUUUCACCACAAAUUGCAUCACCAUUGAAAUGAUUAGUUUGUAAAUCAAAUCAUUAUCAAAUGGUAACUGGUAUUGGGCUCAA